CCCUUUCUCAGACUGAUGCACUUUUUAUCUCCCACAGCCAGGAGGUGUCCUCAUAAAGAAGACCCACAAUGCCUUCCUCUGCUGUGAAGGGGAUCCAGUUUCUGAUGUUGUUUCCCUGCAGCUGCCCAACCAAGUCCUGGAGGGAUCUGGCCGAGCCACUGUCUCUGUUAUCGCCUUCAGGGGAUAUCACGGGUGCAGUGUUGCAGAAUUUAGCUGAGCUGCUCCAGAUGCCUUUUGGCUGUGGGGAGCAGAACGUGGCCAAGUUUGUGCCAAACAUCCUGGUGCUCCACUACUUAGAAAAGAUAAAACAAGUGACUCCAGAAAUCAGACAACAGGCACUGGAACACAUGCAGAGUGGUUACCAGUGCCAGCUGCUCUACAAGCAUGACAAUGGCUCCUACAGCGCCUUUGGGAAGCAUGAAGAUGAGGACAACACCUGGCUGACGGCAUUUGUGGCUCGGGCCUUUGGCCAGGCAAGGGCCUACAUAUACAUUGAUGAGCAGCAUGUGAAGGACGCUGUGGAUUGGCUGGGACAGAACCAGCUGCCCAGUGGCUGCUUUCAGAGUGUGGGGAAGCUCUUCAACAACCACCUGAAGGGUGGAGUGGAUGAUGAGCUCUCACUGACAGCCUACAUCACUGCUUCAUUCCUGGAGCUCCAUCUGGAUGAAAAACAAGCAAAGCUGAAGACAACAUUAAUUUUGUUUUGAUCAAGAUCUAUUUUUCCUCCCCACCUCUUGGACACCAGAAUUCAGUGAGUUAUAAGGCAAGUCUACACAAGACGUGUUAAUGGGCAUUAGCUUAAUUUAAUGUGCAUUAUGGGCAUGUGUCUACAUAUGCAUGCACUUAAUUGCAUUAAAAUGGCAAAAUUAGGCUAAUUGCUCCUAAAUUUGAUACCUGCAGGUAUCAAGUUUAGGUGUGAUUAGUUAAAGUACUAACUUUAGUGCUGAGUCUGCCCAGCCACUAGGGGCACAUAGCAGGACUGAGGGGAUGUGACGCUAAAUUUAGUGCCAAGAGCAUUAACUUUAGUGCCAAAUGCAUUAACUUCAGUGCCAAGUCCCUGCACGUAUAGACACCUGUCUAAAAUUGCUUAAUGCGCAUUAAAUUUAGUCAUGCUUAUAUGCACGUGUAGAUGUGCCCACUGUGUCCUACCCAGCUACCCAGGGCAAGAUGUUAUAUCUGACCCAGACUUCCUGGAAUAUAUCCAGCUUAAAUAUGGUGGCUGUUUUGUCCCAUGUUACCAGAAACCUGGUUCAGGCCAGAUUUGUGUAUUCUGGCCUUCACUCAUUUCAAAACCUAGGCCAGGAAACUGGAAAAAGAUCCUUCUGGGAUGUGUUCUCUGGCUGUAUCUGUGAUUACUAGGGAUCAGGUAUAGAUGUCCAGGGACUAUCCUAACAGCCUUGAUGGCUUAUGUCUUUGCCCUGACCAAGGACACAGAGAUGAGGCAGCAGCUCCUGGAGAAGUUAGAUGAAAAAUUUCUCAAGCCUGGUACAGGUACAUCUUUUGGUAGAUACUUGAUUCCACGGGCACUGUCCUGGCCUGUGGUUAAAGCAUGAUUCUGGUGGGUUGGGAGUAGAGGCAGAUGGGAAUUUUCGGACAAAAUGUUUUUUGUUGGAAAAUUUGGGCUUAUCCAAAUUGAAACAUUUUGUGGGAUAUAGCUGCCUUGACAUGGCUUCGAUUGGGAGAGGUUUCUCAGAUACACAGUAGAACUUCUUCACGCAUCCAAGAUCUGGUUCAAGUCUCUACUUCGGUGAUGCACACAGAGAAAAAAAAAAUAACCCCAAAUAUGGCUGCACCAUUAUGAUCUCUUCAUUAACUUACCACACAGGAACAUUGUGACUCACUGUGAACUGUUCUCUAAAAACAUCAGUUCAGUGUUCAGCAGCAAUCCAAAAGGCAAGAAAAAGAGUUAGGAAUUAUAAGGAAAGGAAUUGUAAUCAAAACAGUAUGAUCUUUUAUAUAUUUGUGGUGUGUCCACACCUUGAAUGCUGUGUGUGGUUUUGGUCCACAUAAUUUAAAAAGGAGAUUGAGGCCCUAGAAAAGGUAUAGAGAAAGGCAACAAGAUGAUUAGGAAGACCUUAUGAGGAGAAACUAAAUAGGUUAGGGCUGUUCAAAUAGACAAGUUUGUAAAGAGGUAUUUGAGGGAGGACAUGAUAGAGUUUUACAAAAUAAUGAAUAAAGCAGAAAAAAGUAGGGAUUUAUUACUUAUGGUCUCUCCCAAUACUAGAACUAAGAGACACCAAAUGAAACUAUUUGAUUGAAGGUCUAAAACUAACACAAGGAGUUCUUUUUCAUAUAGCGUGUAAUUAACUUGUGCAACUCCUUGCCACAAGACAUUGUGGAGGCUGAUAAUUUAACCCAGUUUAAAAGGGGAUUGGACAAAUUCCAGGAGGAAAGGUCUGUCAGUAGGUCCUAAACAUGGUAGGUAGGACACAACCACUUAGUCAGAGUUUCCUAAACCUCUGAAUACUCAAAGCUGCACCACUGGAAGAGAAGCACAAAGUGGAAAAUUCUGGACGUGCUCUGUUCACCCUCCCUCUUAGCAUCCAUUCUGCACAAGACAGGUUGCUGGGCAAGAUGGACUGACCUAUGAGCUGACCCAAUAAAUAGACAAUCUUAUUUUCUUAGCCAUAUAAGUGUGAGCAAGCAUGUUUCAACAGGAACAAUACUAGAGCCUUUAUUUGGCCUUCAGUCAUCCUUGCUCAAGCAAACUCUUUGUGAAGCCUGUGGGAGCUUUGCCAGAGAAAGACAUUAAGGAUCCAAAAUUUCUCUGAGGAACCGGCAUCCCUCAACAUACAUCAGUGUCAUUCACACCUCAUGGCACUCAACACUUGGGAGGAUCAGUCCCUUUGCAUUUGCACCACUAGAAGCCUUUUUGUUAUAAGCUGUGGGGGCAGGUGUCACUUUGGGGGUGUCUCAUUAUAAGGACAUACAGCUCUUUGGAACAAUGCUGCUGGUUCCAUGCUUGGCCUGUGGGCUGGCAAUAGGGCUGGCAAUAGUUAACAACCUUUUUGAUCUUCCAGUUCCAGUUAUACUUGAAUGCUGUGUAUUUCUAUCUGCAUGAGAUUCCCUAUUAUCUCCCUUAAGGGAGAACCUGCAGGUUCUUGAAGAUCUCUUUGGCAAUGGGGAGAGACCACAGGAGGGGAAUCAGACUGCAUGGCUUCACUGUAGGCUGCCAGCUACUUGCUGAAGGAGGAUGGACUGCUAAGGACAGCAGACCUGAAUCCUGGGGAAAGUGCCUGACUGAGUAAAUGAAGGAGGAGAUUCAGCUCUGUGCUAUUCUGAUGCAAACCCAGCAUGACUUUGAUUCCUCUGUAAAUUCACUAUGGAGUGACUUUGUGUUGAUAUUGCUGGAACUGAGAUCAGCAUCUGGCCCAGAGAGGACAACUAGCUUCUGUCCUUGAGUAGCCUUCCCUAGGAGGGUUGACAUAGCCUUCACCUGUAAAAAUCAGUUUUCUUCUCUCUCCUUCUUUAAGCUUGGGUCUCUUCUGCAAAGUGGUAUUAAGUUCAGCACUGCAGGUUUCCAUGUGUUUUGUGAUUCAGGGUAUGUCUGCACUGCACAGUUAGCUGAAGCUCUUAUCUGGGUUUUAGCCUUAGCCACACUAUCAUCCACAUCCACAUAGAAAGCCUCUGACAUGGGUCUGGAGUUGCUUGCAUAGCUGGGGGUGUGGGUUAGAAACCCAGUUCUGGUUUAAGUGGGGCUAGCAGGUAAAAAGGAUGCUGGCAAAAAUCAGAUGCAUGUUCUCAGUAAUCCACUGCCUUUCCCACAAUUGUCCUGAAAGAUAGAGAAGAUUUUACAUAAGUAAUGUCAAUAGCUGGGAAAGAAUCCUAGACCAUGCAGAAACAGGGAGGAGGAGAGUUUCAAUUCAAGCAAAAACAGUCUCUGCAAAGAGGAUUAUCAACAGGGUCCUACUGAGGACUUGGGGCCUAUGUGCAGCCUGGUUGUCCAAGGCAUUGAGGGCAUCCAUUCUGCCAGGGGAAAUGAUUAGGUGACUGGCAUCCCAGAGUACAAGGUAAUGAAAUGGGGUUCAGGAGAAGCUCUGGACCCUGAACAAAGAGGUUUUCCCAGAUAAGGGUAGGGGUCCCUGAUGAAGUGAGUGAACCCUAGUCCCUGGGGGCUUCCAGGGCAUGGUAAGCUGGCAUUCUAGGUCAUUUUAUGUCUUCCUCCACUUGU